UAUGAGGAGGCCAAGGGAGCUUUGGGGUAGAUUUGCACUCAGGGCCACCUGAGGGACUUGGGGGUAGCGCUCAGCUGUAUCCCCUCCCCUCUCAGGGACACGGUUGUUGUCUGGGAGUAGGGAACUCUGUGCGGAGGGGUGGGUUGUCGGGAGGACAUUUCUCUGGCUGCGCUUGAGGCAAGGUGUAUAGAGGCAGGGCUGGGGGUGGGGCUGGGUCGUCAGGGCGUCUGAGAGGGAAGACCCCCCCCGCCCCCCAGCUCCCCACCGCCCGUCUACACUGGCUGACUGGACACUAAGAUGGCUGCCGUUGCCAUGGCACCCAACCCUGUGCAGACCCUUCAGGAGGAGGCGGUGUGCGCCAUCUGCCUCGAUUACUUCACGGACCCUGUGUCCAUCGGCUGCGGGCACAACUUCUGCCGAGUGUGUGUAACCCAGCUGUGGGGAGGGGAGGAUGAAGAGGACAGGGACGAGUUAGACCGGGAGGAAGAGGAGGAGGACGGAGAGGAGGAGGAAGUGGAGGCUGUGGGGGCCGGUGGGGGGUGGGACACCCCCAUGCGGGAUGAAGACUAUGAGGGCGACAUGGAGGAGGAAGUCGAGGAGGAAGAGGAGGGUGUGUUCUGGACCAGUGGCAUGGGCGGGUCCAACUGGGAAAACAUGGACUACGUGUGGGAGGAGGAGGACGAGGAGGAAGACCUGGACUACUACUUGGGGAACGUGGAGGGGGACCUGAGGGGGGAGGAUGAGGAGGAUGAGGAGGAAGUGCUGGAGGAGGACGAGGAAGAGGAGCUAGAUCCCGUCACCCCACUGCCCCCGCCUCCAGCCCCUCGGAGGUGCUUCACCUGCCCCCAGUGCCGCAAGAGCUUUCCCAGGCGGAGCUUCCGCCCCAACCUGCAGCUGGCUAACAUGGUCCAGGUGAUUCGGCAGAUGCACCCAACCCCUGGUCGAGGGAGCCGUGGGAACGAGCAGGGCAUUUGUCCCAAACACCAAGAAGCCCUGAAGCUCUUUUGCGAGGUGGAUGAAGAAGCCAUCUGUGUGGUGUGCCGAGAAUCCAGGAGCCACAAACAGCACAGCGUGGUGCCACUGGAGGAGGUGGUGCAGGAGUACAAGGCCAAACUGCAGGGGCAUGUGGAACCACUGAGGAAGCACUUGGAGGCUGUGCAGAAGAUGAAAGCCAAGGAGGAGAGGCGGGUGACAGAGUUGAAGGUGGUAUCCACCAUCCCCUUUGCAUCAUCCCAGAGCCAGAUGAAGUCAGAGCUGGCAGCUGUGGCCUCAGAAUUUGGGCGGCUGACACGGUUUCUGGCCGAAGAGCAGGCAGGGCUAGAGCGGCGCCUCCGAGAGAUGCACGAAGCUCAGCUGGGGCGCGCGGGAGCAGCGGCCAGCCGCCUCUCGGAGCAGGCUGCCCAGCUGAGCCGCCUGCUGGCUGAGGCCCAGGAGCGGAGCCAGCAGGGGGGCCUGCGGCUGCUCCAGGACAUCAAGGAGACUUUCAAUAGGACCCGAGUUUCUGCCUCCUGGACCCUCUCCUUCCCCUCAGCUUCUGCUCUUCCCUCUGGGAAUAUCAUGGUCCCACCCCCUGCCCGGUCCCCUUCCUCCAGGUGUGAAGAGGUACAGCUGCAGCCCCCAGAGGUCUGGUCCCCUGACCCGUGUCAACCCCAUAGCCAUGACUUCCUGACAGACGCCAUCGUGAGGAAAAUGAGCCGGAUGUUCUGUCAGGCUGCCCGAGUGGACCUGACGCUGGACCCUGACACGGCUCACCCGGCCCUGAUGCUGUCCCCUGACCGCCGGGGGGUCCGCCUGGCAGAGCGGCGGCAGGAGGUUGCUGACCAUUCCAAGCGCUUCUCGGCAGACUGCUGCGUGCUGGGGGCCCAGGGCUUCCGCUCUGGCCGGCACUACUGGGAGGUAGAGGUGGGCGGGCGGCGGGGCUGGGCAGUGGGUGCUGCCCGUGAAUCAACCCAUCAUAAGGAGAAGGUGGGCUCUGGGGGGUCCUCUGUGGGCAGCGGUGAUGCCAGCUCCUCCUCUCGCCAUCACCACCGCCGCCGCCGGCUCCACCUGCCCCAGCAGCCCCUGCUCCAGCGGGAAGUGUGGUGUGUGGGCACCAAUGGCAAACGCUACCAGGCACAGAGCUCAACGGAGCAGACACUGCUGAGCCCAAGUGAGAAACCAAGGCGCUUUGGUGUGUACCUGGACUAUGAGGCCGGGCGCCUGGGCUUCUACAAUGCAGAGACUCUGGCUCAUGUGCACACCUUUUCGGCUGCCUUCCUGGGCGAGCGUGUCUUCCCUUUCUUCCGGGUGCUCUCCAAGGGUACCCGUAUCAAGCUCUGCCCUUGAUCAACCUGCCACCCGCAGGGGCCCCUCUGGUUAGCACUGGGGGGCGGGUGGUGGUGGAAAGUAGCCCAUAAAUUUGGGAGCUCAAAGGCUCCUCUAUUUGUUACUGCGUUGCUUCCGGCUCCUCCUUGACCCCAGGCCCCUGCUUCUCCCGUAGGAGCCUAAUGAACUCCCCUAGCCUCCAGCUCAGUCUUCUCACCUACUAUGUUUGUCCAACAGGUCUGCAUGGGUCCCUGAUGAGAACAGUUGCCUGGUCUUCUCUCCCUCCCUCCGCCCAGGGAUCUGAGUUUUUGAGUAGGGGAUGAGGGGAGAUUGUAAUCUCAUUAUAAACUUCCCUUUCCCCAUCCCCGUUCAACUUUCAUGUCAGUUCUGAGACUGGAGGAUUUGGGCAAGACUCAUGACAGCCCUCAUUUCCAAUUCCAUUUUCUGAUGCAAAUUUUAGCUAAGGGACUUGGAAGCUUUUUUGGGGGAAGCAGGCUGGGAAAAGGGUAGACCUGGAUAAUAAACAGUCUACUCUCUGGGGGAAGUACGAAGGAUUCUAAUUUUUCUUCCAUCCCCAAUUUCUACCUCCAUAGACUGGCCAGAAUUUAGCUUCAGUGAGAGAUCUGGAAUGGUCGACAUGAUCAAAACUCCAUACAUCACGUCACCCAAUAAAUUAUUCCUCGCCCCCUUCCUUUUUUUCAGCACUUAAUUUAGGAGCAAAGCUCCUCCCCUCCCCAAACCCUCAGGUCUUUUCACUGCCAGGCUCCUUUCCCUUUUGUUCAGUGGAGUUCCUUUUGUCAGGGUUCCAGCCUCUCUUCUUUGCUUAGUUCCCUCCAUUUGGUGAGCCCUGGAGGGGAGCCUGGGGACAGGGAUUUGAAUCCCUGGGAGGAGAGCCUUGGGCAGAAUCUAUUUUUCUAGUAACCCUUUGCCUUCUGUCACUUAUUAGCUUUUGUCCUCUGCUUUGAUGGCUGGGGUCAAUUUAUGCUCCUGGGGGAAAGGGAAGAUGGGUUGUGUUGCGGAAAUAAAAAGUUUAUUUGCUGCU